AUGGCAAUUUCGGUUGAAAACGGCUUGACAAAUAAUGAUUUGCUAGAGCAUUUCAAAAAGAUCGACGUCAAAGUUGUUGAUACCGAAAACGAAGCCUUAAUCGUUCGAGUGGCCAAUUUCUGGAAGAAAUUGAAACUGAAAAGUGCCCUUUCCCAUGUGGGACUGCUAUUGUCGUUGGCCUUUUACUGUGGCGUAGGAGGAGUUGUGUUCAGAGAGUUGGAAUUACCAGCUGAGCUUAAUAGGACGAAAGGCUUACGAGAAUCUGUGAUCGAGCAGCGUGAAAAAUUUAUAUACGCUAUCGUAAACAACACAGAUGUACGAAACUUGGAAACUCUUCUAUCAAUAGAGCUGGAAAAAUAUGAAAAGACCGUUCAAGAUGCAGCCCAAGGAGGAAUUUCUAUUGACGUGAAUAGCAAUUUUCCCGUGGAAUCUGAGAAGUGGAGCAUACUACAAGCAGUCUUUUUUGCAUCCACUGUCCUCACCACAAUCGGUUAUGGAAACAUCGUACCAGUGACACUAUGGGGACGAAUCUUUUGCAUUCUUUACGCUCUAAUCGGUAUCCCGCUGACACUGACCGUGAUUGCUGACUGGGGACGUCUAUUCGCGACUACGGUAUCCACCGUAGGACAGCACUGGAAGUCUAUUCUUCCAUUCGCAAGAUUUUGCCCAGACGCUGGAAUAAAAGUGUCUGAUAAAAAGUGGUUGUAUGCAGUUGGAGCUGUUGGAUUUUUGGGUGUAUAUCUUGCAGCAGGCACUGGACUCCUUCUCCUAUGGGAAGACGACUGGAACUUUUUCGAUGGAUACUACUUUUGCUUCAUCACAAUGACUACUAUUGGAUUUGGAGAUUUAGUUCCUAGCAAACCGAACUAUAUGCUACUUUGUACCUUAUACAUCCUAGUGGGGCUUGCAUUAACCUCAACGAUUAUCGAGCUAGUACGACGGCAGUAUGCUCAGAGUUGGCAGAAGCUACAGGCUCUUUCGGGACCUUUGGCGGACACUUUGCGUCGGCUGGGCGAAUCAGCUGGCACCGGGAUCGAUGUAACAGCUUUGCAAAAUGAUUUAAGACGUGUUCUAACGGUAGUCUCUAUGCCGAGACUGCAUGGGAGCAAAAAGAACGAUCCUAGUCAAAUGGCUGCUCUGGAAGCUAUUACAAACGCAAUUCUUCAAGACAUUAAAGAAAAACAGGAAAGUAAGGAUCCGCCGAAGGUUGUGCAGAUUGUCAUUUAUGAAUCAUCGGUUUAG